AUGGCCAUGACUAGUGUCAGACUGCCCAGCAGUGUUUUAAGAAAGCCAGAUGCCUGGACUGGACUCUGCAGGGCACUGCGAGGGACACCUUCACAUAAAGGCUGUGCUUCCUGGAAUCGAUACUUGUAUUUGUCUAGUGCCAAUUUAAAUGCAUCAAAUUAUAAAACAGUCCUCCAUAACAUUUUCUCACUGAGACUCCCACGGCUUUUAAUAUCUCCAGAAUUUAUUUUCCCAUUUUCCAUAAGACUCAAAAGUAAUAUAAGCUCUAAAAAAUCCACUAAAAAGACUCUACAAAAAGUGGAAGAUGAAGGGGACUCUGAUGAAGAGAGGGACCAUAAUGAGAUGAGUGAGCUGGAAGAGGAGCCCGAGGACAACCCCAGUGAGGUCAAAGACUAUAAAGACCUGGACAAAGUAGUACAGUCCUUCCGGUAUGACGUUAUCCUGAAGACGGGCCUAGAUGUCGGAAGGAACAAAGUGGAAGAUGCAUUCUACAAAGGUGAACUCAGGCUGAAUGGGGAAAAACUAUGGAAGAAAAGCAGAACGGUGAAAGUGGGAGAUACAUUGGAUCUUCUCAUUGGAGAGGAUAAAGAAGCAGAAACAGAGACAGUGAUGAGGAUUGUCCUGAAAAAAGUGCUGGAGGAGAAAACCAGCAGUGAGAAGUACAGGGUGGUGUUACGACGGUGGAAAAAGUUACAAUUGCCUAAAAAGAGUAUGCUCAAAUAA